AUGGCUCAAGGGACAUUGGCACAACAUCUGUUUGGUUAUAGAGAAAUGGGGGUUUCUCCACUGACUUGGAAACAAAGAGUCACAAUAAUGUUAGAUGUUGCCAGAGGGGCUAAAUAUUUGCACAGCUUAGCACAGCAGAGUUUCGUCCAUAGAGAUCUGAAACCCUCUAACGUACUUCUUGGAGAUGAUAUGAGAGCUAAGGUGUCUGAUUUUGGUUUGGUUAAGAAUGCCCCUGAUGGGAAGCAUUCGAUGCAGACAAGGUUGGCCAGAACGUUUGGAUAUUUAGCACUUGAGUAUGCUGGCAACUCAAGCGAGGGAGAGGCUAUUGGAGGGAAGAUCUCAGCAAAUAGUGGAUUAAUGUGA